ACCACCAGAGCAAACCAAGCCAGCCAUUGCCGGCGCGAUGGCGAGGUCCGGUCUCGUGAAGCUCCUCUGCUCCUCCGCUUUUCUCCUGCUCUGCUGCUUCCUCCUCCGGGGCGCCCUCGCCGAGGAGCGCUUCUACGAGUUCGUUGUCCAGGAGACGCCAGUGAAGAGGCUGUGCAGUUCCCAGAAGAUCAUCACGGUGAACGGGCAGUUCCCGGGGCCGACGAUCGAGGUGUACAACGGCGACACACUGGCGAUCAAGGCCGUGAACCUGGCGCGGUACAACGUGACCCUGCACUGGCACGGCCUCCGGCAGCUGCGCAACGGGUGGGCUGACGGGCCCGAGUUCGUGACGCAGUGCCCCAUCCGCCCCGGCGGCAGCUACACGUACCGGUUCACCAUCCAGGACCAGGAGGGCACGCUGUGGUGGCACGCCCAUAGCUCCUGGCUCCGCGCCACCGUGCACGGCGCGCUCAUCAUCCACCCCAGGAGGGGCCUCCCCUACCCGUUCCCCAAGCCCCACAGCGAGUUUCCCGUCAUCCUCGCGGAGUGGUGGAGGAGGGACCCCAUCGCCGUGCUCCGGCAGUCCAUGAUCACCGGCGCGCCGCCCAACGUCUCCGAUGCCCUCCUCAUCAACGGCCAGCCCGGAGACUUACUUCCCUGCUCUAGCCAAGAGACGAGCAUCAUCCCUGUGGUUGCCGGCGAGACGAGCCUGCUGCGCAUCAUCAACGCGGCCAUGAACACCGAGCUCUUCGUCAGCCUCGCCGGCCACAAGAUGACCGUGGUCGCCGCCGACGCCAUGUACACCAAGCCGUUCGAGACCACCGUCAUCCUCCUCGGCCCCGGCCAGACCACCGACGUCCUCGUCACGGCGCACGCCGCCCCGGGCCGGUACUACCUCGCCGCGCGCGCCUACGCCUCCGCCCAGGGCGUCCCCUUCGACAACACCACCGCCACCGCCAUCUUCCAGUACAAGAACGCCCCUGGCUGCCCCACCACCACAGCCAGUGCAGGGGCCGGAGCCGGAGCCGGCGCCGGCAUGGGCGGCAACACCUUCAACGGCCCGGUAGGCCGGUCAUCCAGGUCCUCCGGCCACCCAGGCCGCACCGGUCCGCAGCCGAUGCUCCCGUUCCUGCCGGCGUUCAACGACACGAACACGGCGACCGCCUUCUCCAACAGCCUCCGGAGCCCGCAUCCGGUGAAGGUGCCGGGCCCGGUGACCCAGGAGCUCUUCACCACCGUGGGGUUCGGCCUCUUCAACUGCCACCCCGGCCCCUUCUGCCAGGGCCCCAACAACACCCGGUUCGGCGCUAGCAUGAACAACGUCUCGUUCCAGCUCCCCAACACCGUCUCCCUGCUCCAGGCGCACUACCACCACAUCCCCGGCGUGUUCACUGACGACUUCCCGUCGUUCCCGCCGGUGUUCUUCGACUUCACGUCCCAGAACAUCCCGCGCCCGCUGUGGCAGCCCGUGAAGGGCACGAAGCUGUACCGCGUCAGGUACGGCGCGGUGGUGCAGAUCGUGUUCCAGGACACGGGCAUCUUCGCCGCCGAGGAGCACCCGAUGCACAUCCACGGGUACCACUUCUACGUGCUGGCCACGGGGUUCGGCAACUACGACCCGCGGCGGGACGCCGCCAAGUUCAACCUGGUGGACCCGCCGAGCCGGAACACCAUCGGCGUGCCCGUCGGCGGGUGGGCCGUGGUGCGGUUCGUGGCCGACAACCCCGGGGUGUGGCUGGUGCACUGCCAUAUCGACGCGCACCUCACGGGGGGGCUCGCCAUGGCGCUGCUGGUGGAGAACGGCGGGUCCGAGCUCGAGGCCACCAUGGCGCCGCCGCUCGACCUGCCCAUCUGCGUGCUGUAGAGGUUUUUAAAUUUCUUGCUCGUGUACGUGAUGAUCGCGCGGUGGUAUGGUGAGGCUGUGUGCGUUGUAAUUGUGCUUACGUGUUUGCAUUGGCGAUUCGGCAUUGUAAUUUGGAUUCCGAUUUGAAUUUUCAAAGAAAGGGGGAAGUAUUAAGCAUUGCACAUCGA